AUGCUUCGAGUAGGGUCAUGGCUCUAUGGCAAAAAGUCCGGUGCCAAUGCCUCUACCCAGUCUCUAGACUCGUUGACUGAAUUGCGAGAUCUGGAGGAUGCGAUGAAGGCCGCAACGCUGAUUCUCAACGACGACGUGGAUGGGGCCGAAGAUGGACUCUCGGAAGGAACCUCGUCUUUUCAUAAUCUAGGAAGAGGAGUGGUCGCCUUUAUCCGGGCAACGUUAGGUUUCGAAUUGGAGGUGAUGCGUCAAGCGUCAGAACGACUCAAUGCAGCCGAGAACAGUGCCUACAACGAUCAGCACAAGGCACAACACAGUGCGCAUGCGCCGAAUUCUUACCAUUCACAGAUCUAUGCGCCCGGGACCGAGUUCGCACUCUGUCAGGCCAUGGCGCAGCUCAUGAGUGCCGUGGUCGGAGUGCUCAACGAGAGUCUCACCGAGAGUAUCAAAGGAUUUUAUAAACUAAGAAAAGCUUAUAUAGCCUUGGAUGGGAUUCUGAAAAUGGAACAGAAAUUUACCCAGAUGAGCCGUUCUGGCGACGUGACUCCUGCAGAAUUCGCAAAGUCCUCGAGUCAGCUCUCAGGGCAGGAGUCAACGUCAAAAUCAACCGAAACAGACUCCGUCGAAGCCUCCAGGCUAUCGCAAAAACUGUCCGAUAUUAACGUCUCGGAUGAACCAAAUGGCUCUGAGGAGUCUACAGACGUGUCCUCGACGGACAGUCCUGCAGAUAUGCUGAGCCACGACCCUGAAUCAGACAUCUUCAAAAACCAGAUUGAUGUCUUUGUGCAUUCGGGCUCAAACUUUUGUUUCGGGAUCCUCCUUUUGCUGAUUUCCAUGGUGCCUCCCGCCUUUAGUAAGCUGCUUGGUAUCAUUGGAUUCCACGGGGACAAGGAACGAGGGUUGAGGAUGUUAUGGCAGGCAAGCAAGUUCCACAACUUGAUCGGUGCCAUUGCCGCAUUUGCCCUUCUCGGCUACUACAAUGGUUUCGUGCGAUAUUGCGACAUCAUGCCCGAUCCCCUUCCUGGGGAAGAUGGAGACGUGCAGGGAUAUCCGCAAGAGAGGCUCGAGUCACUCCUGGCCAAGAUGAGGCAACGGUUUCCCAAAAGUCAACUCUGGCUCCUUGAAGAAUCCAGGAUGGAAGGGGCGAAUAGAAACUUGGAGGUGGCGUUGGAGCUUCUUUGUGGUGAGGAAAAAAGUCCACUCCAGCAAGUCGAAGCGCUGCGAGUAUUUGAACGGAGCUUGAAUGCGAUGUACCUUCACCGGUAUGAACUGUGUGCGGAUUCAUUCCUCGAGUGCGUGGAUUUGAAUUCUUGGUCUCGCUCGUUGUACUAUUACAUUGCGGGGUCCUCUCAUCUCUCAUUAUAUCGCAGCGCUGCUGAAACGGACGCUGACCUCGCAGCCAAACAUGCCGAGAAGGCGAUGGAGUAUUUCCGAACAGCCCCUCCUCUGGCAGGGAAAAAGCGGUUCAUGGCGCGACAAUUGCCUUUUGACGUGUUUGUUGCACGAAAGAUCGCCAAAUGGGAGGAGCGCGCCAAGGAGUGGAAGGUUCCAUUGGUGGACGCCGUGGGUGUCGAUCCCAUCGAGGAGAUGAUCUUCUUCUGGAACGGUCAUAGUCGAAUGACGACCGAUCAUCUCGAGGAAUCCCUGCGGAAACUGGCGUGGUCGGAGAGCGACGCGAAUAAGAACUGGACCCGCGAGGGUGCCGAAGAGAAAGCGCUUCUGCAACUCCUGCGUGCCGCCGUCUGGCGCUCGAUGCGUAAACACAACGAAGCCAAGGAGCUGAUCCAAACGUCGGUGCUGAGCCAGGAAAAGUCCGUGUUCACCGGUCAUCUGAAAGAUAACUGGGUGCUUCCGGCGGCGCUUUUCGAAAUGGCCGCGAAUCUAUGGAUGGAACGUCCAGGGUAUAUCGUCCACGGGAAGGAAUCGAGAGAGUUUGUGGAGACGGCAAGGGAUGAAUCUUCUGCCUCGGUGGAACGAAAAAAGGUGCGCGAAUGCAAGGAGUAUCUAGAUAAAGCGUCUCGAUGGGAAAGCUACGAACUGGAUGCCCGUAUUGGACUGAAAGUGACGGCUGCUAUGGAAGCGGUACAUAAGUGGGAGAGUACGCAUACCGCCAGUUCUAAUUGA